AUGGGUGAGGACAUCUGGAGCUUGGUAUCUCGGCAGCUGUACGCCACCAGCUCGGUCAACACCCGCCAGCAGCAAGCGGAUGAAGUGAAGGAUGAUGGCGAAGCUGAGGUCCCCGGCGAGGGAGGCGAUCCUGCUGACUCGGCGGGCAAGAUCACGGCGGUGUGCGCGUUCGCAUCCUACGCGCUUUGCGUUGGCAUGCCUGGAGCGGGGAAGUCGACGCUCCUCAACACCUACCUCAACCCACACAACGACAGCAUCCCAAAGCCGACGGUUGCGCUAGAGUACAUGUUUGCCAGGCGCGCAAGUGCAGCAAAUAUGCCGAAGGAUGUGGCGCACAUAUGGGAGCUUGGGGGAGGAUCCCACGUCAGCGACCUCGUACGGGUGCCCAUCACUCCGGAUCGCUUUCACGACGCUCUCUACAUCAUCGUGGUGGACCUAUCCAGGCCGAGCAGCGUCAUCCCACACCUGUUGCAAUGGACGGAUCAGAUCAAGGCCUGCGUCAAGGUCUGUGUGCGCGAGCUGGGCAAGAGAGACCCCACCUUCGCGGAAACCCUCAAGCGAAAGACGUACGCGAAGCUCGGGCGGGACCACCCUGACUUGCGCGCGGUUCGGCCCUGCCCGGUGCCGCUGGUGAUCGUGGGCAACAAGUACGACGUCUUCAAGAACCAAGAGAGCGCCCGGAAAAGAAUACUGGCCCAGGCCCUCCGAUUCGUGGCUCACAUCAACGGCGCGUCGCUGCUCUUCUGCUCGAGCAGGGACAAAAAGCUCAAGGACAUCCUCCGCCUGACCCUUAACACGCACCUGUUUCGUGCCGGUAGUCGAAAAUCGAGUGAGACCAACCCAGAGCGCCCGCUGGCGGUGACAGCCGGGUGCGACUCCCUGGAUUCGAUUCUCAAAAACACGCCUCCGGGUACGCGGCGGGAAGACUUCUUGUCCGGAAACGGCAUCGCGGACGGGGCCAUGGGUGUCUGGAAGCGCGCCGUGGAAGACGUAUUCGGUGCUCCGGAUCGCGCUGGUGGGUCGCUGAUGUCGAUGCUGCUGCUCGUAGGCAACAGCGGCGGCGGCGACGACUACGGCGGCAGUGGCAAGAGGGACGAGGGCGACGGUGGCGACAACAACAAUGAUACCGACAAUCCCUUCCCCGAGGCGGCCGUGGACGAGCACCGGGCGCAAAGAGACGAAAUCCUCCGUCGGUACCGCAAGGACGCCGAGCGUAAGGCCAAGCUGGCAAUGAAAGCUUCUACGGGUUCCCAUCAUCAGCAGAAAGGCGGCACAAUUUCCGGUGGCAGCGGUGGCGGUGGUAGUGGUGGCCACGGCAGCGGGGUUGCGCCGACGGGGCGAAGGCGGUCCAGAUGUUCGGAGGGCAGCAACGGCAGCAAGGACGCGCCUCCGUCCUCUCGAAAGUGA